UCGGAGUCUAACCCUCGCAUAAAUCAAAAUAAAAAAGAAUCUCAUUCCUCUCUGAAAGUUUAGGGUUAGGGUUUCAAGAAUGGCGGAGGAGAGGUCGACUGGGGUAGUGAAGUGGUUCAAUGACACCAAGGGUUUCGGCUUCAUCACCCCUGACAACAACACCGAAGAUCUGUUCGUCCACCAAUCCUCGAUCAAAUCCGACGGCUUCCGCACCGUCGCCGAGGGUGACGCCGUUGAGUUUCUGAUCGCCGUCGGCGAGGACGGCAAGACCAAGGCCGUCGAUGUCACUGGUCCGAACGGCGCGCCUCUGCCGGGGAAGGAGAGUUUUGCUCGCUCCGGCGGCCGUGGCGGUGGCGGUAGAGACGCUGCGGGAUUCGGCGGUGCGUGGAGAGGUGGAGAUCGCCGUAACGGUGGUGGCGGCGGCGGUGGCGGGUGUUAUACUUGCGGCGAUACUGGUCACAUGGCUAGGGAUUGUAAUCGCGGUGGGAAUGGAGGCGGUGGAGGCCGCGGUGGUGGUGAUGGAUGCUUUACUUGCGGAGGGUAUGGACACAUGGCAAGGAAUUGUCCUAAUGGGAACAGCGGCGGUGGUGGCGGUGGCCGUGGUGGUGAGGGUUGCUACAAGUGUGGCGAUUUUGGCCAUUUGGCUAGGGACUGUUUCAAUGGAGCCUCCGGUGGCGGAGGCGGUGGUGCAUGUUAUACCUGUGGGGAGGUUGGUCACAUGGCAAGGGAUUGCACCAGGGGAGGGGGUGGCGGUGGACGCAGUGGCGGUCGGUAUGGCUACAGUUCUGGAUCUGGUGGCGGCAAUGGCUGUUACAACUGUGGGCAGGCUGGGCAUUUUGCCAAGGAGUGUCCAAACCAGGCUUGAAGGACAAUAAGAAAGUGAGAGUGCUAGUAAAUACUCUUAAGAUCUUUGAUCUUUUUUUCUUUUUUUUUGUUAAAUCCUUGGUAUUUAGUUUUGGUGCUCUUUUCUGGCGCAUUGUGGGAUACAUAUGGUGUUUUGGCAAGGGGUUUUUGAUUUUCUGAUGAUGGGCCACUGUUUGGCAAACAAAUUUUCCCUUUUACAGACAUAUAUGCGGUUAUUCGGCUAUAGAAUUAGGUGGUUUUAAUCUCAUCUUGUUAUGGGUGACUCCAGGAUAAGUUUUUUAAUUGAUCAGUGUUUAUUUGAAAGUUUGGAUGA